CGCACACACACACUUGCCUUCUUCCAUUUCCAGCUCACCUCCGAGCUCUGAAGUGUUCUCCCUUCCACCGAGUGAGAUGGCGAGCGUGAAGGUCUUCGGGUCACCUACCUCGGCGGAGGUCGCCCGCGUGCUCAUGUGCCUCUUCGAGAAGGACGUCGAGUUCCAGCUCAUCCGCGUCGACGCCUACCGCGGGCCCAAGCGCAUGCCCCAGUACCUCAAGCUCCAGCCCCACGGCGAGGCGCUCACCUUCGAGGACGAGAACCUCACCCUCUCCGAGUCCCGGGGCAUCCUGAGGCACAUCUCGCACAAGUACGCGAAGCAGGGCAACCCAGACCUGAUUGGCAUGGGCGCGCUGGAGCGCGCGUCCAUCGAGCAGUGGCUGCAGACGGAGGCGCAGAGCUUCGACGCUCCCAGCGCCGAGAUGGUCUACAGCCUGGCACUCCUGCCGCCCAACCUGCCCAAGCAGCAGAACGACAACGGCAACGGGUUCAACGGCAGGGACGUGGCCGUGGGCAACGCCAACGCGUCCGGCAAGCGCGCGCCGGCCGGGUCGCAGCCGGCGAGCGCGCAGGAGGAGGAGAUGCUGAAGCUGUACGAGCAGCGGAAGAAGGAUCUGGAGAAGCUGCUGGACAUCUACGAGCAGCGCCUGGAGGAGGCCCGGUACCUCGCCGGCGACAACUUCACCAUCGCCGACCUGUCGCACCUGCCCAACGCCGACCGCCUCGCCUCCGACCCGCGCUCCCGCCGCCUGUUCGAUUCCCGCAAGAACGUCAGCAGAUGGUGGUCCGACGUCUCCAGCCGCGAGACCUGGCAGUACGUCAAGAGCCUGCAGCGCGGGCCGUGCACUGACGCCAACGCCAAGAACGGCCAGCAGCAGCAGCAGCAGCACGGGCAGCCCGCCGAGGAGCACAGCAAGAACUACCAGCAGCAGCAGCAGGUCCAGCAGCGCUACUAGCCGCCCCGUCCACCAGCAACAAGAACUACCUGGGCCGUGAAUUAACAUGUUUUCUGCCGUCAAUCGUGUCAUUUUUCGUAUCUAUCGUCAUGGCGUAUUCGAGUUCGUCGCAGUCUGCUGUUUUGAAGUUCCGUGGGUGGAGGGGUCUAUGAGUUCCAUUCUGCUUUUCUGCUGAAUUGCUUGCCUCAGCAUUGUGUUCUGUUCUUCAUGUAAUAAAAUGUAGCCCCCACCCCUUUUGAAUCAAAUUGAACUUUCAGUGUCGUGUGAAA